UGGUUAAAGUAGCCCCGCCCGCGCACGCGCACACGUUAUAGAAGCGGAAAGUUACGGUGCGGUUUGUCUGAAGAUGUCGGCGGCCGGUAAUGUGUCCACAAUGAGGAAGGUCGUGCAGCAGUUGCGGCUGGAGGCCAGUCUAAACCGGGUCAAGGUUUCCCAGGCAGCCGCGGAUUUAAAGCAGUUCUGUAUGCAGAAUGCCCCGAACGAUCCCCUGCUGACCGGGGUGUCUUCGAGUACCAACCCCUUCCGGCCCCAGAAAGUCUGCUCCUUCCUGUAACGAUCAUCCUGUUGUUGUAGAAGUGGCCGGAUUGGAGGAAGGCCUGUGCCACGUGCCAAGUAUUCUCUGUAAAUCUCUCUCAAGCUUUUACCAUCUACCUCCCCGAUAACCGCGUGCCUUUCUUUUCUAGUCUGACACAAUCGUUUUGUACACUGGUGACGGCUGAAAACAAUAAACCUGUUUUGUUGUAAA